AUGGGCAAACUCAAGUCUGUUGGGGCCAAUUCAACGGAAGACGUGAUUGCCACCGUCGACUUUGCUCAUUGCUGCGGAGGGACGACGUCGGCAUCACGGUACGCGCUGGCAUCGUUCCGGAAGCUGCCGGAGGACGUGAAGGACAGCGAGUUCAUCCUCGGCCACUACCUGCGCCAGCUGGCCGCUUGCCAAGGCCGCCUUCAGCUUGUUCCGUUAGCACAACGAGACGCUCUACGUCUGGACGCAUUUGAUUGGGUUUCUGGUGUUUCUGAUAUUGACGGUGGCCAAUUUUGUGGACGUGCCUCAGGUGGCGGAUCUUCUCGGCCUCUUCUCAAGGUGUGUUUUGUGUCAUUCAAUCCUAUACUUGCGUGGACAUUUUAGUGAGUCUCGGUAAUAUUGAAUCAAACACAUAACUUCUGUAGGAGUGGGAUUCAUAGCUAUACAUAUAU